AUGAAUCAAAUCAUUAAACCAUAUGCAUCAGUUUUAUACUCUGACGAAGGAUCUGUUUUAGAUAUUUCUCAAGUGUUUAUCUCGAGUGGCGAUUCAAGUCAAAACCAAAGUUGCCCUCUAAUACCUCUGUCCAGCGUUCCUGGUAUAGUUGACUUGGCCUUCAGCUUCAACGGUAGCUGUCCUUCUGAUUGUGUGCGAGACAGCCAGUGUGGAGACUCCAUGAGGUGCUGUACUGUGGGGUGUCACUCACAGUGUACACCAACUGUGGCUCUAGGCCAGACGGAGUGUCAGCGUAAAAACUACACAAUGCUGCUGUUAAGUGAGGCUAUAAAAGCAGUAGAGAAGUACAGCUCACUUACCAUUUCUCAGCUGCUGAUGGCUGGCCACAACAUGACUAUUGUGGAGGAGCUAGGUCGUGAAUUCUGGUCAGAGUGGGAUCUGGAGAGAGUUCAGCGGGACUAUGGCGGGGUCUCAAUUUCCGUCGCUCUUCAAUUAUUGAAGGCGGACUACUCAUUCCCAACCGCACACUGUCUGCCAAACGGAGACUUUGUCACCAGACAGUGUGCUGUGCGUGUUGACGGAACUGUCGUGGGCUGUUUCUGUGUGGAUCGUAGAGGGAUUGAGAGACCAAGAACUCGCAACACAGUAGGCAACUGUAGAGAUUUAACCUGUCAGCUGGGGUGGUGUCCUCAAGGCCAGACCUGCCAAACCCUGGAUGAGUAUGGACGUUACACCUGUGUGUCUAACACCACCACAGUGGCUCCUUCUACAGAUCCCUGUGCGGGUUACUUCUGUGGUGAGAGGCAAAAAUGUGUUUCACAACGGAGCUGUGUGGGUACCAGCUGCAGACUUGUCCCCAUGUGUUAUGGUGUGUGCGAUUUUGAUCUUCGCUGUCAGCAUGGAGGCCAGUGUGUGACAAACAGCUUUGGGAGCCCCUACUGCUUGUGUCGUCAUGGAUUUGGGGGUGUUGUCUGUGAGAGACCAAUCCUGAAGCUUGGUGUGUGUCCGGUGAACAUCACCAAACUAAAUCUGGAGCUAGGACAGCGCUGUGCCCAUGAGUGUACCUCAGACUGGCAGUGCCCCGGGGUUCAGAAGUGCUGUAUGGAUGGAUGUAUGGGGAGGUGUACUGACCCCACCAUGACUGAUUUGUCCCCCUGUAAUCAAGAGAGAGCUGUGAAGCAGCAGUCAUUGGAUGUAAUCAACAAUCUAGCCACAAAACCAGGAGCUACAGUUGGAGAUCUUUUAAUCAAUUCUGCGAACAACACCCAUGUGUGGUCCCUUAUUGCCAGCCUAGCAGGGCAUUGGAUGAUUGAACUUUACUACAGUGAGGUCACACUUAUCCCGUUUGCCCAACUUAAGACCAUGAUACAGACCAACUUAAGUAUCCCAUACAUCAGCUGCCAAGCCGAUGGUCGGUACGAGACACGUCAGUGUGUGGGCACAAAUGACCAGCGCAAUACCACCAGUUGCUUCUGCGUCAACCAGCUGGGAUGGGAAUUGAUCUCCUCUCGUGUUUUCUCAGAGAAUGGUGACCUAAACAUCAACUGUUCUUCAGUGAUUACAACCGUCAAAGGAGAAAUAACCCUGAAUCAAGAUUGUUCAUCAGACUUGGAAACCAUGGGAACGGCCGCGUACAACACAUUUCAGCAGAAUUUCACAAAUCAGAUUAACAUACUUCUCUUAGACAGCCCUGUACAGCAGAUCUUCAACGGUAUUCGGAUAACAGGGGUUCGGUGUGGCAGUGUUGUUGUGUCGUUUGACUUGGAUUUGAGGAACACUAAGAUCAUAGGUUCUGACCCUGGAAUUCCAAUGUACGAUACAAACACACGUAUGUGGUCAGUCACCAUGGAUCUACUGAAGACCACCCUGAUGCGAAAAUUAGAGCAGUCCACCAUCAGCGCAGACCCAGCAUCACUCCGACUACAAGUUCCAUCAGGUCCUUCCCAAAGAUGCCCUCUAAUACCUCUGUCCAGCGUUCCUGGUAUAGUUGACUUGGCCUUCAGCUUCAACGGUAGCUGUCCUUCUGAUUGUGUGCGAGACAGCAAGUGUGGAGACUCCAAGAGGUGCUGUACUGUGGGGUGUCACUCACAGUGUACACCAACUGUGGCUCUAGGCCAGACGGAGUGUCAGCGUAAAAACUACACAAUGCUGCUGUUAAGUGAGGCUGUAAAAGCAGUAGAGAAGUACAGCUCACUUACCAUUUCUCAGCUGUUGAUGGCUGGCCGCAACAUGACUAUUGUGGAGGAACUAGGUCGUGAAUUCUGGUCAGAGUGGGAUCUGGAGAGAGUUCAGCGGGACUAUGGUGGAGUCCCAAUCUCCCUCGCUCUACAAUUACUGAAGGCGGACUACUCAUUCCAAACCGCUCACUGUCUGCCAAACGGAGACUUUGCCAGCAGACAGUGUGCUGUGCGUGUUGACGGAACUGUCGUGGGCUGUUUCUGUGUGGAUAAUAGAGGAAUCAAGAGACCAAGAACAAGUUCCGUUAUGGGCAGCUGUGCAGAUGUAACCUGCCAGCUGGAGAGCUGUCCUCAAGGCCGGACGUGUCAGCCCCUGGAUCAGUAUGGAGGUUACAGAUGUGUGUCUAACGACACCACAACUACAAACCCCUGUGCGGGUCAUGUCUGUUCAGAGGGGCAGACAUGUGUUUCACAACGGAGCUGUGUGGGUACAACCUGCAGACUUGUUCCCAUGUGUUAUGGUGCAUGCACAAAUAUCCAUCUUCCAUGUCAGAACGGCGGCCAGUGUGUGAACGACAUGAAAGGCCUUCGCUGCCUCUGUCAGCAUGGAUUUGGGGGUCCCUACUGUGAGAGACCUAUCCUGAAGCUUGGCGUGUGUCCCGUGAACAUCACCAAACUAACUCUGGAGCUAGGACAGCGCUGUGCCCAUGAGUGUACCUCAGACUGGCAGUGCCCCGGGGCUCAGAAGUGCUGUAUGGAUGGAUGUAUGGGGAGGUGUACUGACCCCACCAUGACUGAUUUUUCACCCUGCAAACAAGAGACAGCCUUAAGACAGCAGUCCUUGAACGUUAUCAACAGUCUGGCAACAAAUUCCAGAGUUACAGUUAGAGAUGUGGUGAUCAAUUCUGAGAACAACACUCAUGUGUGGUCCCUCAUUGCCAGCAUAGCAGGAUAUUGGUCCCUGGAGCCCUACUACCAAGGGAACACGCCUCUUCCUUUUAGCUUGCUAAGGAACAUGUUACUAAAUGACUUUACAAACAUCCCAUACAUCAGCUGCCAAGACAAUGGUCAGUACGAGCCGCGUCAGUGUGUAGGCACAUAUGACCAGCGCAAUACCACUAGUUGCUUCUGCGUCAACCAGCUGGGAUGGGAAUUGAUCACCACUCGUGUUUUCUCAGAGAAUGGUGACCUCAACAUCAACUGCUCUUCAGAGAUUACAACUCUCAAAGGAGAAAUAACUCUGAAUCAAGACUGUUCCUCAAACUUAACAGAUGUGGGAACGCCAGCCUACAACGCAUUUCAGCUGACAUUCACCUAUGAGGUUUGGUGUUUUUAAAACUGCUCCAUUCAAAUAAUUUUUGUCUUUUU